AUGUUUAAAAGAUGUGCCGAUUGUGAAAUCGAGAACCUCAAAGAACAACUCCAACUCAAAGAACAAUUAACCCAGGAAUUCCAAACUGAUUUCACAAACACCGAAAAUACUUUAAAGGAAACUCAGAAGAAAUUAGGAAAGAAAGACCGUGAAUUAACCCAGCAAAAACCAAGAACUGACCCAAGCCCAAACCAACCUCACCAACACCCUCCAAUCCCUCCAAGACUUACAGCAAGAAAACCAAAACUUAAAGCAAAAAAUCACCACCCAAGAGGAAGAUAUUACUACCUCCAAAUCAACUUCACCCAAUGCAUAGAAAGGUUUAAAGUCCAGUUAGCCACAGCCCAACAAAAAUACCAAGACCAUCUCACCCAAGAAAAAGCCCAACUCGCCAAAGAAAUCCAAUUAAUUAAGGAGUUUCUAGUAGUCGAUUUAUUAGAUAAUCCGGUUGAGAAUGAUUUAGGAGAAAUAGAAAAUAUCGAAAUCCAAUUUAAAUCAGGUGAACAAAAAAGAAUUAAACCGAAAAAUUACCAAGAACCCAAAGACCCUAAGCAAAAAGAAAUUUUUUUAAAUAAAGAAGAAAUAGUGCUAUUUUUCAACAAUCCUCAACAUACUCCUAAUUUAAAAGAAGAAUUAAGUGAAUUUAGAAGAAUUCACGGAAUAGAACACAUUACCAGUAAAAAAGAGGACCGAAUGAAUAAUCCCGAAAUUGAAACUAACCAAGUCCAAUUUGUGGCUUUGGAGAGGAGAAAGAAAAGAAUUCGAGAAGCCAGCAUUAGAGAUUUUGAAAAUAAAAAAAUGUGUUCGGGCAAGCAUGUUUUAAGUUAUGGUUCUUAUCAAGAGCACAAAGAAGAAAUGGAGCAAAAAGAAGAAGUGGAAAAACUAAAUCAAGGAAAAGAGAGAAAUAACCAAAAAACAGAAAUUAAGCAAGAAAACACAUGA